CUGACAUCCGCCAUCCGCCAUCGACUGCCACGACGAAGCGACCCCAAAAUCAUCAAUCAUAACUAGUGACCAGCGUGCGCGCAUCAUCAUCUCACCAUGAGCGGCAUGGAAGGCAUCGUGGGAGGUACCAAGCGCAAGCGAGAAUAUCAGUCGCUCGAGGAACUGCUGGCGACGCCAUGGUGUUACUACUGCGAUCGCAGUUUCAGUGACGACAAGGUUCUCCACGAACAUCAGAAAGCGAAGCACUUCCAAUGCAUUGUCGGCAACUGCCACCGGCGACUCAACACGGCGGGCGGCCUGCGCGUGCACAUGCAGCAGGUGCAUAAGGAAGAGCUCCACGAAGUCGAUAAUGCUAUUGAGGGCCGUCGCGAUCCCAACCAAGAGAUUUUCGGCACAGUGGGCAUUCCGGAAGCGGUGGCGGAACAACGCGUCGCAACACUGACGCAGCAGUACCAGGCUCUGCAGCGAGAGCAUCGUCGCAAAACCGGCAACCCGCUCCCAGGUGAAGUCAAGGACAACGCCAACGCGCCCGCUACUGUCUCCAAGACACAACAGCUCACAGAAGGGCUGUCUGACAUCAAGGCUCGCAUUGCUGCAGCCAAGGCCAAGAAGGCCGCAGAAAAGGCUGCACUGGCUGCUGGUGGUACUCUUCCGACCGCUGCCACCCCAACACCACCCACGACCAGCGUUCCCAUGAAUGGUUCUGCCACUCCUGAAAUCAAACGUGAAAACAGUCAGCCGGCUCCAACCCCCGCCGGAUUCCAUGGCGCUCUUGCGCAAACCUAUCCAGGCUCGCCGAUGGGUUGGCCAGGCAGCGCUACCUUUGCCCCCCAGGCUCCAGGCUAUGUAAACAGCGCCUCUCCACCUCCAUGGCCACCACAUCUGCCAGUCCAUCCUCAUGCGCCACCACCGCAGUUCCAGGGUGGUUACGUCCCACCACCCGUGCACAACGGUAUCAACAAUGGCUUUGUUCAAAGCUCAUCCUACGGUGGGGCGCCACGCCAACAGCAUGCACUUCCUAUCCUGCCACCGACACCGGCCAAUCUACCACAGCGUCCGGGCUUAGCGCCCCCACGCCCAGGUUCGAAUGGUCUGCCUCCACACCCGGGCCACUCUAACGGCCACACACUGCCUACUCCAACAGCAGCCGCUAUUCGCCAAGCAGAGGCACAAGCCCAUCCCCCCAAUCAUGCUGGCGAUGCGAUGAGUGCCAAGCUAACUGAAGACUUCUUGGCAGAACUGUCUGCCGCCAACUCUUCGACAGAACCAGGAGCCAUCCAGAACUCUAUGGCCCAACCUCAAGCAGCGACGCCAGCUGGCCCUCCAUUAGUUGCAUUAUCACCCGGAGCUACAGCUUUGGCACAGAACACACCAGCUGCACAGCCACAGCCCUCUACACCUCAUCCUGCCGCAAAGGUCAAGCAGUCGAAGAAGAACAGCAACGAAGUAGCAAAGAUGAUGAUCAGCGAUCUUCUGUCAACUUGGGAAGAAAACCGCGCACAAGCUUCGCAAUACCAGAGAAUGGUCGAACUCGCAGACUCCUAGCAUGUUCUGUAUGAACUAUUGAUCAUUCUUUUCCAAAAAAGGUGCGCGAAUGCCUGUCAAGUGGUGUUGGUCCUCAGAGCUCUUCAAUUCGACAAUAGUUCGACCGAUACUGUCGCCAAUUGUGGGAAAGGCAGUAACGACUUGCCGUCCUCCCGACACUCCUACCUCCACGACCCCGACGACCUCGACCCGGGCCUCUUGGCCGGUAAGUCUCAGUCGUAUGGCCCUACGGAAAUACUGGAAGUGCCCCGGGUAGACUCCGGUAUGACAAACGGCGAUGCUGGACACAACAUCUACGGUCACUGCCACAGUUGUAGGUGGUCAGAGCUCAAGUCGGGCUACUUGAAAUUUCAUUACGAGGGUUCCCACAGGCCAACACUGAUACCAUUCCCCCCGGGCCACCUGGAACUGCGCGCAUCGCUGGCCUCGCACGGUGGAAAUUACAGUAGUACUCAGCCUACCGCUCAGCUUAUCCAUGAAAAAGAGUAGGAAGCCCAAACUGCGCUCCCGUCAUCGGCACCCUCGAAAUGGACGCAAAAUGCUGAUUUCAAGCAUCAUCAUCUGGUCACUAGGCUCAACGAACACAGGGAUCCAGUGCAGGUACUAGAUGAUUCGACACUCGCCGCUGGCUUGAGCCAGAGCUAAUCUCGCAUCCAUUCAACACAACUGGCCACAGCAGCAAGUCGAUCAGGCCCAGAGGCUGCCCUGGCCCGAGAUCAUGGCAUUGAGUAGAUUGCGAGCUAUCCAUUAGUACCCGGGACUCUUACCAGGACCUGCAUUAUUAGAGGCUCGGCGAAGACCGGGAUACGAUUUUUGUUACCAUCCAACAGAUGCUUCGAUCAGAUGGAAUUCCAUGGGCUUAUACAAUUGCGCGCGACUUGGGCACUGGAGAUGGCAGGAGGAGACGUCGGCCGAUCAGCUAAGUGUGAGUACUCGUACAUGGCUGCUCUGCUGCUGACAAGAAGUGCUGGCUUUUGCACAGCGUAAUGUUCUGGUGCUCACGACAGAACCAUUUGGGAAACAGCGCGAUAGAAUCGCGUAAGGUAUGCGAAUCACGUCUGUGGCUUCUCUCGCAGCAGGAGAUACUGCGUUCUCGUCGCGGUGAAAUAUCGUACUGAUCAGCACCGCCGACGACGCCUUGAUCGAAGAGUGAGUGAGUCGAGUGGCGAGAGGAGAGUCCCUAGCUAGUGGUCAGAGACUUGUAAGUUUCCAAGCGUGAGUGCUCUUUCAUUAAGCAAAACUUUGUACAAUUAAAGGUGCGCAAGCGCGAUAUGAAGAUUAAACGAAAGUGUAUUGUGCUUGGUCCCGUCGAAACUGAUGCUAGGUGGUGGCACGUGCCUGCCUUUGCGUUUCCCGCUAUAUUAAGGCGUUGAUUCCCGAGUCGAGCGUAGG